AUGAGAAACAGACAAUUGGAUCGUCUUCAUUUGGUAUCUUUUCCAGGUCCUGAAGGCAGUCUCCCUUUACCAUCAGGUGGACUAGAUUCUGGCCUUGUAGACGAGACUCGCCGCAAGUAUAUCACAAAGCUCAAAGACUGGUCCUCUUCUUGGCCGGCCGAGACUGCGGAUGUAUCAUGUCCGUAUCCACUAAUGAUCACCAAGCGGCAUCAAGAGGAGGUGAAGAACUUAUUCACAUCGCUGAAUCUUGCCAUUGCGGAUAUAGUUGAGCGAUGGUGGACAGACGAAGAAGCCCAGUAUCCUCUGAGGAUGCCAUUAGAGCCAGAAGAAGAGGACUUAUUGCGUUGGAUACAUUCGAACCCAACUCUUUUUCGACCAUGGAGAGAACGACAGGGAUCGAUGAGACCGGACUUUUUGAUCGAGUUUGAUGAGGCUGGGAACGAGGUUUUCCGCAUCUGUGAAAUCAAUGCAAGAUUUUGCUGGAAUGGUUUCAUGAUGGCUGGCUUUGGUCAGCAGUCACUGUCGAUAUUUGACCUGAAACCCCGUGGCUUAGAACAUGCUGCAAAGGGUGAAGAAAUCCUGGGUGGAUUGUCAAAUUUGUUUGACAAAACUCUUCCUUUGCAUCUUCUUAAAGGCAAAGAGCAUGGAUAUGACAUACACAUGUUUCUCGAGCAUGCUAAGAGAUCACUCGGCAUCCAGACACGUCUCAUAACUCCAGAUAAGCUCCGGGUUUUCCCUGAUCCCUCCGGAAAGUUUGGAGGAAAACUAUAUUGCGUUACAGAAUCGGAUGCUGCUUGCACUCGGGUGACUGAGUCGGGCGAAAAGCUUGAAGAAGUUCAUCAGCUUGGCCUUGAGCUACACCAACAAGAACUUAAUAGCCUUGACCCGGAUGUGAGACGUCAAGUCAGCUUACGAUGCUUUAAUGAUAUGCGAACAAUCCUCCUUGCCCAUGACAAGCGAAUGCUAGGAAUCGUGCAGGAGGAACUUGGAUCUCUUGUCUCAAGAAAAGUCAUCACCCCAGAACAGGCCGAAUUACUCAGUCGCGGAAUAACGCCUACAGUCCUUCCGGGAUCAAGAUCACUUGACAGGUUUAUCGAAGAUUGCAAAGAAUCCGAAGACCUACAGAACAACUACAUCCUGAAACCAAUCCGGGGUGGAAAAGGAGCUGGUAUCUUGUUUGGCGAUGAACUUCUACAUUCAGACUGGAUGACCAAGGUAGAGUCGAUGCGAUCGCCGUAUAUCGAGCCUGGGCAGACUCUCUACGUUGUUCAGCGUAAAAUCAAUCAGCCAUACUAUGAUGUUCUUUUGGGUUCAAAGACCCAGACGGACCGUUGUCAUUUAGUUGGCACAUUCCACACAGUUAAUGGCGAGUACUUGGGAUUAGGGAUCUGGCGAUGCAGUCCUCGAAGACUAUGUGCAGUGUCCGAUGGGGCCACUUGGAUGUGUUCUGUCAAACGAAAGGAAGAAGUAUAG